AUGGCACCCAUCACCACCGCCUCCAACGAAGAAACGCACGCCGCCCUGCUCGACACGCUCGACAUGUACAAAAUCGCCAAACCCUUCCGCAACCCCAACUGGCGACCCCCGCAACGCCGCAACAAGAACCUCAAGCAGAUCCUCUCCGAAGCACAUCGCGCACAGCAAAGCAUGCUCAACACCCAGCAAAACUCCGGCGCCAGCACCCCCCUGCCCGCCACCGACGGCACCACUACGCCCUCCCUCCACCCCAAUCCUGUGCAGGCGAGUCAAGACCUCAGCCGAUUAGUGCUGGAGAAGAACACGCGCCAGCUCGCGCCCAAUGGAGCUGGUGCCAUGACGCCCAAUACUGUUUCCAAUGCUGCGGCUGGCCCGGGUGUCACGUACACCAGCAUUGCCGCCGCGCCGAGCCUCAAGCCGAAGAAGAAGUACUGCGACAUUACUGGCUUGCCGGCCAAGUACAAGGAUCCCAAGACCGGCCUGUACUACUUUAAUGCCGAGAUUUAUGCUGUUGUCAAGAGCCUGACGACGGGGCAAGUUCAGGAGUAUUUGGCUGCGAGGGGUGCGAAUACUGUGCUGAAGUGA